CUCUGGCCCGCCGCCUCCGCCACCGCUCUGUGCCCGCAACCCGCCGCAGCGCUGCGGGCCAUGGACCUGCCCAGGGGCCUCGUGGUGGCCUGGGCGCUCAGCCUGUGGCCAGGGUUCACGGACACCUUCAACAUGGACACCAGGAAGCCCCGGGUCAUCACGGGCUCCAGGACCGCUUUCUUUGGCUACACAGUGCAGCAGCAUGACAUCAGUGGCAAGAAGUGGCUAGUCGUGGGUGCCCCUUUGGAAACCAAUGGCCAGCAGAAGACAGGAGAUGUAUACAAGUGUCCUGUGAUCCAGGGGAACUGCACCAAGCUCAACCUGGGAAGGGUCACCCUGUCCAACGUGUCCGAGCGGAAGGACAACAUGCGCCUCGGGCUGAGCCUCGCCACCAACCCCAAGGACAACAGCUUCCUGGCCUGCAGCCCCCUCUGGUCUCACGAGUGUGGAAGCUCCUACUACACCACAGGGAUGUGUUCACGAGUCAACUCCAAUUUCCGCUUCUCCAAGACCGUGGCCCCAGCUCUCCAAAGGUGCCAGACCUACAUGGACAUCGUCAUUGUCCUGGACGGCUCCAACAGCAUCUACCCCUGGGUGGAGGUUCAGCACUUUCUCAUUAACAUCCUGAAGAAAUUUUAUAUUGGUCCAGGGCAGAUCCAGGUUGGAGUUGUGCAGUAUGGAGAAGAUGUGGUCCAUGAAUUUCACCUCAAUGACUACAGGUCUGUAAAGGAUGUAGUGGAAGCUGCCAGCCACAUUGAGCAGAGAGGAGGAACAGAGACUCGGACUGCAUUUGGCAUUGAAUUUGCUCGAUCAGAAGCUUUCCAGAAAGGCGGAAGGAAAGGGGCCAAGAAGGUGAUGAUCGUCAUCACAGAUGGGGAGUCCCAUGACAGCCCGGACCUGGAGAAGGUCAUCCAGCAAAGUGAGAGGGACAACGUGACCAGAUAUGCUGUGGCUGUCCUGGGCUACUACAACCGCAGGGGGAUCAAUCCAGAAACUUUUCUAAAUGAAAUAAAAUACAUCGCCAGCGACCCUGAUGACAAGCACUUCUUCAACGUCACUGACGAGGCAGCCCUGAAGGACAUUGUUGAUGCCCUGGGGGACAGGAUCUUCAGCCUGGAAGGAACCAACAAGAACGAGACCUCCUUUGGGCUGGAGAUGUCACAGACAGGCUUCUCCUCACAUGUGGUAGAGGAUGGGAUUCUGCUGGGAGCCGUUGGCGCCUAUGACUGGAAUGGAGCCGUGCUGAAGGAGACGAGCAGCGGCAAGAUCAUUCCGCUCCGCGAGUCCUACCUGAAGGAGUUCCCGGAGGAGCUCAAGAACCACGGCGCCUACCUCGGGUACACAGUGACGUCGGUCGUGUCCUCCAGGCAGGGGCGGGUGUAUGUGGCCGGAGCCCCCCGGUUCAACCACACGGGCAAAGUCAUCCUGUUCACCAUGCACAACAAUAGGAGCCUCACCAUCCACCAGGCUCUCCGGGGCGAGCAGAUAGGCUCUUACUUCGGGAGUGAGAUCACCUCAGUGGACAUCGACGACGACGGCGUGACUGACGUCCUGCUGGUGGGGGCACCCAUGUACUUCAGCGAGGGCCGCGAGCGGGGCAAAGUGUAUGUCUACAUCCUGAGACAGAACCGGUUUGUUUAUAAUGGAACACUGAAGGAUUCCCAGAGUUACCAGAAUGCCCGAUUUGGGUCGUCCAUCGCCUCUGUUAGAGACCUCAACCAAGAUUCCUACAAUGACGUGGUGGUGGGAGCCCCACUAGAAGACAAUCAUGGAGGCGCCAUCUACAUCUUCCAUGGCUUCCAAGGCGGCAUCCUGAAGAUGCCCAAGCAGAGAGUGGCGGCUUCAGAGCUGGCUCCCGGCCUCCAGUACUUUGGCUGCAGCAUCCAUGGGCAGUUGGACCUCAAUGACGACGGGCUGGUGGACCUGGCGGUGGGCGCCCUUGGCAAUGCUGUGAUUCUGUGGUCCCGGCCUGUGGUCCAGAUCAACGCCAGCCUCCACUUUGAGCCAUCGAAGAUCAACAUCUUCCACAAGGACUGCAAGCGCAAUGGCAGGGAUGCCACCUGCCUGGCCGCCUUCCUCUGCUUCAAGCCCGUGUUCCUGGCACCCUAUUUCCAAACUGCAACUGUUGGUAUCAGGUACAACGCCACCAUGGAUGAGAGGCGGUAUAUGCCACGGGCCCAUCUGGAUGAGGGUGGGGACCAGUUCACCAACAGGGCUGUUCUGCUCUCCUCUGGCCAGGAGCACUGUCAGCGGAUCAACUUCCAUGUCCUGGACACCGCUGACUAUGUGAAGCCAGUGACCUUCUCAGUAGAGUAUUCCCUGGAGGACCCCGAUCACGGCCCCAUGCUGGACGACGGCUGGCCCACCACACUCAGAGUCUCGGUGCCCUUCUGGAAUGGCUGCAAUGAAGACGAACACUGUGUCCCUGACCUUGUGCUGGAUGCUCGGAGUGACCUGCCCACAGCCAUGGAGUACUGCCAGCGGGUGCUGAGGAAGCCUGUGCAGGACUGCUCCAAGUACACCCUGUCCUUCGACACCACCGUCUUCAUCAUUGAGAGCACGCGCCGGCGGGUGGCCGUGGAGGCCAUGCUGGAAAACAGGGGGGAGAAUGCCUACAGCACGGUGCUCAACAUCUCGCAGUCAGCAAACCUGCAGUUCGCCAGCCUGAUCCAGAAGGACGACUCCGACAGCAGCAUCGAGUGCGUGAACGAGGAGAGGAGACUACACAAGAAAGUCUGCAAUGUCAGCUACCCCUUCUUCAAGGCCAAGGCCAAGGUGGCUUUCCGUCUGGAUUUCGAAUUCAGCAAGUCCCUCUUCCUGCACCACCUGGAGAUCCAGCUCAGCUCAGGCAGUGACAGUGACGAGCAGGACAGCACCAAGGAAGACAACGCGGCCCUGAUGCGCUUCCACCUCAAAUACGAGGCCGACGUCCUCUUCACCAGGAGCAGCAGCCUGAGCCACUAUGAGGUCAAAGCCAAUAGCUCGCUGGAGAGCUAUGACGGCACUGGGCCUCCCUUCAACUGUGUGUUCAAGAUUCAGAACCUGGGCUUCUUCCCCAUCCACGGGGUGAUGAUGAAGAUCACCGUUCCCGUCGCCACCAGGGGUGGCAACCGCCUGCUGAUGCUGAGGGACUUCCUCACCGACCAGGCAAACACGUCCUGUAACAUCUGGGGGAACAGCACGGAGUACCGGCCAGUUCCAACAGAGGAGGACUUGAGUGGUACCCCACAACUGAAUCACAGCAACUCCGACGUGGUCUCCAUCAACUGCAAUGUGCGGCUGGCCCCCAACCAGGAAAUCAACUUCCAUCUGCUGGGGAACCUGUGGCUGAGGUCCCUCAAAGCACUCAAGUACAGGUCUGUGAAGAUCAUGGUCAACGCAGCCUUGCAAAGGCAGUUCCACAGUCCCUUCAUCUUCCGUGAGGAGGACCCCAGUCGUCAGGUCACGUUUGAGAUCUCCAAGCAGGAGGACUCACAGAUCCCCAUCUGGAUCAUCGUGGGCAGCACACUGGGAGGCCUCCUGUUACUGGCCCUGCUCGUCCUGGCGCUCUGGAAGCUUGGCUUCUUUAAAAGUGCCAAGCGCAAGAGAGAGCCUGGCCUGGACCCCAGCCCCAAAGUGAUGGAGUGAGGCUCCAGAGGAGGCUUCGAGUUGACAGGGGCCGGACACCAGUGCAGGGGGUGUGUGAGCCCAGGCCUGUGGCCCACGGAGCUGGAGCGGAGAGGACGCCAGCUGGCUUUGCACUUGACCUCAUCUCCUAAGCGAUGGCGCCUACUCCUGGGAUGGAACUCAAGCGGUGCUAAGAAGAAUCGCCCUGCGGGAAGCUGGGACACCUCCAGUUCAGCUCCCCAGGGAUUUGAAGGGAGUGAGGCCCACCCAAGGCCUCCCCCAGGCUCCAUGGAGUGAUUUGCUGCCCCAGCCAUCACGGUGCUAGGAAUUCACAAUCACACCCACCUCCGAGAGACCGCGGAGGAAGACUGUAAAUACAAACCCCUUCUGCCCACCCUACCUGGGCCUCUACUUCCAAAAGGAACCCACAGCACAGCAGACCCAAAUUCUGUGAGGCCCUGCCACCCCUCACCCAAGCAGCUGGCUCCCAAGUCACACCACCCCCUUCCCCAUAGAUAGGCCUCAAAGUUCUCCAUGAAUGAACAUGAACCCCAAAGCUUGAAGACAGCAGCUGCAGGCCAGGGAUAAAGAUUCUGGGGUGAGGAAGCUGUGCCAGAUGGGCAGGAGGGACCCAGGACGCUGGGCGACAUCAGGAGGCAGUCAGGUCUUCCAUCACGUGUGUCACAGUGCCACCCCAAGCUGCCAGCCUCUCGGCCUUCCCGCCUCCUGGCUGCCUCUGCCCGGCUGCUUUUGUUCCUAGGUACCUCGUGGGAAGCUUGUGGAUGACGCAAUUCCUUGGGCUCCUGUUUCCACUUGUCUUCCAGCUGCAGCUGCAGCCCAGUAGAGGGGGAAGAGGAGCGCUCCUCCCUGCCUCGCCCUCCCUACACACACACACACACACACACACACACACACACACACACACACACACGGCCUCCCACCCCUCCAGUCUCCCACCACUGCAGGGGAGAAGGGCUCGGCUGGUGCUAUUGAGGGGUCCUCUCUGGAAUGCACUGAAUAAAACUCGUGCAAGGACCCUCAGGGCCUGUGCAGCCUCAUUGGCAAACAUCUUACCCGCAGACCCACUGGACAAGUGAUAGACCCACGAUGGCAUCCCAAGGACAAGGGGCAUGCCAGGUGCCCAGCAGAGUAAUUUAUGCCUUAACUUUUUUCGAGGUAGAAAUAAAAGAGGGACACAUCAAAGGCACCUGCUCCCUUGUGCAUAGUGUGACCUUGACUGUCAACAUUUUUAAGAAAUUUAAAAUGUAUUUAAAAACAACCACGGCACUGACAUUGCAUUCUGUGGCAGUGUGUCCUGGUGAGCCACACCCUGCUUUAAAGAGGAGGAGGGAGACAGACGGCUCCUGCUUCCUUCACAAGCUAAGUGUGAAAAUGGGCUUGCCCACAGCAGGCUCCCUGCAGCAUGCCUUCCAAGGGCUGCCUGGCCUCUCUGCAUGAUGGUUCCAUGGUGGGGCACUGCCAGGGAUCCUUCCUCCCUCCCAAGAUCACCCACUAUCCAUCUUUGGCUAGGGUGGAUGGUUGGACCCAGAUGUUUCAUGUAGCACCUGCCCCUUAGUCCCCACUCUCCUCCCGGGACUGCCAGGACUCCCAGCCCUCCCCAGCAUGUGAAGUUCCUUCACACACAGGCUGUUCUUAAACCAAGGUGUCUCCAUUCUAUUCUUGCAUCAUUCACUCCCUGGAAUCCCAACAAGUAGAACCUUAGAAAUUACUUCCUCUUAGCUGAGGACACUCAGAACCAGAGAAGAGACAGCCCUAGGUUCCAAAACAGUAUCAAGAUAGAACUCGGGAAGGCUAGCUGCCCAGCCACUCACCCUAGCCCAGCCUCAGGAAGGCCAGAUAAGGAACAAGUGGUGAAAAUAAAACCUGAAUAGCAAAUACCAUU